UCGGGGCGGGCGGUGGCUACGGCCGGCGGCCAUUUUGGAUAGGGGAGAAGAAGCUUCUUCUCGGCAGCCAUCUUGCUUGGGGGCAGUGGAGCCGUUAGAACCGUUGGAGGCAGGCGCGGCGCGGGGAGGAGGUACGGGGAAAGUGCGCUGGCGGAGCUGCCGCCGCCCGGCUGAGACCCUCGGACUGGAGGCUCUUAGGGGGGGAGCGGCCGAGCAGAUAAUUGUGCGAGAUGAUGGCCUAAGGGAGCUGCGGUGCUGGACGGCUCCUAACACGUCUCCCACAGGUGCCGCCUCGGCGGCUUUCCUCCUGCACCGCCCCUAAUGUCAGCCCUCUCUUCCGGCCCGGAGAGAUGCCAGCCUCUGUAUCAUCGGUUUCCAUCUCCCCACACAAGGUAAAGGCACCCAAAGAUAUGCAGAAUGUCAAUAGGUUGCAGCUGUUGAGUUAGAAGUUGCUGUAUCUUCCAGUGGGCAUGUGUGGCAGGAGUUUUCAGUUCCUUGUUCCUGCUGAGUUCCAGAUUUCCUCACCACAGGAAUCUGCUCCUUUGCUAAGGACCAGCUUACAGUGACCUGUCAUGGCCUCCAACAAAUUUGUCAUUAAGUGUGGGAACUUUGCUGUUUUGGUGGAUGUUCAUAUUUUGCCUCAAGGCUCCAGUAAAGACACCAGCUGGUUUUCAGAUCAUGAGAAAGAGGAGGUCUGCAUGCUGCUAGAGGAGGUCGUUGCAUCAAGGGUCAAACACCACUUGGAAGCACCUAAACAACGUGGUCCAUGCAAAUCAGUGGAUCGUGCACCAUCUGGUCCUUUGUUUCUUACCGCCAACAGUCUUCACAUUACUGCUUAUUUUAUGAAGAGAUGGGUUAAUCUUCGUUGUGCUGUAGGGAAACGUUAUCGUGAGCUACGUGUGUUUCCUGACAGGUUUAUAGUUUGUGUCAGUAAGCUUGAAUGUAAUCCAAGUACUUGGACGUGCGAAAAUGAUGUACUGAAAGAAGAACUUUCCAAUGGGACGUCUGAGUAUUUUACUGAAUCUGCUGAGAACAAGAAGUUUAAGAUUACUCUGAAUGAACAAAUAAAGCAGGACAUCUUGAAAGAAAUUGUGAAAAGGACAAAACCAAGUAAAAGUGGCACAAGCAAACCUCAAAGCAGGGGGGACUCCAAAGAAGUGUAUCUUGGCUCAGUGGACUCUCAGACAGGGAACAGAAAGAACGAAUGUCAGACUACUCUCAGACCUCAAGCUGAAAUGAAAUUUAGGAGUACAGGACUGCUAAAGGACUGCAUAAAUACAGCUGAGAGCAACUUGGAGCUUCCUGUUUUAGAGCUGGAAAAUUAUGUUAAUCAGAGACAGCCGGAUGAUGUUAGCAGCCAGCAAAAACCUCACUGUGUGGAGCAGUUGAAGACAAGUCUUCUAAGCAAGAACCCCCCUUGUAGCUCUGAGUCAGCACUGCUAUGUCCAAAACAAAGUCAAGAAGUGACCAAAACACAGGCUCAACAAAAGAGUUGUGGUUCAGAAGAAAAAUUAGAGCAUUUAAAAAAAUUAUCUUCUGAAGAAGGAACUCCUUCAAUUCCUAGCAAUGCCCAGAUGAGUAAGUGUGAUGAUGAUUGUUUAGGUCCGUUGCUGAAGGAGAAGACCCCACUUAAUUCUAGGUUGUUUCCUGAACAAGACAUAAAAAAGAUUACUUCUGAUGAGGAGUUACUAACUUUGGGUAAAGACCUCUCCCAGCCUCUUUCUGUGAGGAACAAUACAGUGCAGACAGGGCAAAAUGAGCCAAGCACAACUGCUGAAUUGCCUGUGGUGCCACCAUCUUGUUUAGAACUGCAGCCUGUGUCUUUGGAGAAGCUUAGCCAAAAAAGGAAAAAAGAAGCUGAAAAUGGUCUCAGGAAGUUAAAACUGCGAAGGCUUAACAAGUCUUAAAGUCUGAAAUAGUAGCAUGAUGGCAUGGAUAGACAGCCGACUUUGUGCUCGGAAAAUGUAAGCAAAAAGUAGGAAGCAAUUCAAAAUAAUGAAAAAUAGUAAAAAUACAAAGUCAAUAUUAGAUAAGACUUUUUAACAAAGUCUCCUAGUCAUUUGCAACUAUAAUGAAGAUAAUUCUGUUAAGUCUUUAGGAAGUAGGUAUUAAUAUUGUACAAACCAGUAUAGUAUUUGUACAAAGAAACAUCUUUUAAAGUAAUAUUUUCUGAGCAAAAUUUUAGAUCUCUGUAUGUAUCAGUACUUAUAAAAAGUGAUGUUAGCUGAUGACAGCAAAAGUUAAAACCACUUUUGUGAUCAUUUGGCAGCUGCAGUUACUCAGUGUUUUGCUUGUUUCAGAACAUGGUUUAUUUUAGUAAAAAAUAAUCCUUUCUCUCUCUGUGUUAGGAAGUUCAUGGUUUAUUCACAUGAUCUUUACAACAGUAAGGUGAUAAUUAAAGUCUCACCUUUCCUGUGGGGUUUCAAAGUAACUUUGGCUUCUGCUUGUGCAGCUUUGAUAUAAAUAUUUAUUUCCAACCAAAGUUGUGGAUACAAGUGAUCACACACAUGGUCUUUGGAAGAAUGAAGAUUAGUUUUAGAUGUGCAGUCACUUGGAUGUGCAAACAUUGCUAUUGGGAAGUGUCCAUACAAGCAUACACAGCUUCAUCCAUUCUUGUUUCAGAACCAGGUCUUGUUUGUAUGCAAGGACUGUUCUUCAGGUGUUAGAGAUACCUAACUUAUUUCUUAUUUUAAGAGAAAGGUAGUUUUUAAUUCCACAUUGAUUUUUAAUACUGCUUUUGUGAUUUGUAUACUAAUAUGCUAAGGAAAUGUAACAUUUGUAUCAUGCUUAUAUUUUUUAAAUGUUUAAAAUAAACUUACAAGUAAUUUUCUUUCAUUGUUCUCUUAAAAUCAGUGUUACCACAAGCAUUUUAUGUGAACUGUGGAAAUUUUACUGACACAUACUUGUGACUGAGGUUAUCCUUAUUUAGGUAC